UUUUUGCAUAUGAGGGGCUUUAAACCAGGGGGUGAAAUCCGGACAGGUUGUUAUAGCUACCCAAUCCACAGGGGUCCCCCCACCCACCCUUAGACAACCUUAUAUAUAUAACACACAAAGCCUCGCAUGUCUCAAUAACUAUUAAAACAGUCUGAGUGUCCCGAGCAUUGCGGUUCAGGCUGACUGAGUGACUGUAUCGUCAAAAUUCCGCCCGUGGCAAAAGCCUGUGAUUGGGUCCGAACGCAAAAGCUGCUCUCAACUUUUAAUAUGCGCCUCAUGAACGCGCACGGGAGACGGCUGUAGGAUUACCGGAGAGAAUAUCGCUCAACAUCACCUCGUGUUUUCUCAUUGACAAUCGCGGGCGAGUGCGUGUGUAUGUGUGUGUGAAUGAGUGAGUGAGUGAGUGUGUGUGUGUGUGUGUGCGCGCGCGGGUGUAUGUGUGUGCGCGCGUGUGCGUGUCAGUUUAAGCCUAACUUUUUUAAAGGAUGAUAUAUCUUGGAUAUUUCCUGUUCCUUUUUUGUGGGCUCACGCGUGUCAUGGCAAGCUACCCGAUAUGGUGGUCUCUGGCGGUGGGACACCAGUACACCUCUCUGGGUACGCAGCCCAUAAUGUGUAGCUCAAUUCCUGGCCUGGUCCCCAAACAGCUCCGCUUCUGCCGCAACUACGUGGAGAUCAUGCCUAGCGUGGCCGAGGGCGUCAAAAUCGGCAUCCAGGAGUGUCAGCAUCAGUUUCGUGGACGCCGAUGGAACUGCACUACUAUCAACGACAAGCUGGCCAUCUUCGGACCAGUGCUGGAUAAAGCCACCAGAGAAUCAGCGUUCGUGCAUGCUAUAGCCUCGGCGGGGGUAGCCUUCGCUGUGACACGGGCUUGUGCGGAGGGCUCAGCCACAAUCUGCGGCUGUGACAGCCGGAGGAAAGGACCGCCGGGCGAGGGCUGGAAGUGGGGUGGCUGCAGUGAGGAUGUGGAGUUCGGCAGCAUGGUGUCCCGAGAGUUUGCUGAUGCCCGCGAGAAUCGCCCUGAUGCCCGCUCUGCUAUGAAUCGACACAACAAUGAAGCUGGACGUUCGUCAAUCACUGACCACAUGUACCUGAAAUGCAAGUGUCACGGGCUUUCGGGCAGCUGCGAGGUGAAAACCUGCUGGUGGUCUCAGCCGGACUUCCGGGUGAUCGGCGACUACAUGAAGGACAAGUACGACAGCGCAUCGGAAAUGGUGGUUGAGAAACAUCGGGAAUCCCGAGGUUGGGUUGAAACCCUACGGCCAAAGUACCCCUACUACAAACCACCAACAGAAACCGACCUCGUCUACUAUGAAAGCUCGCCCAACUUCUGUGAACCCAACCCAGAGACCGGUUCCUUCGGCACACGUGACCGUACAUGUAACCUGACGUCGCACGGCAUAGACGGCUGCGAUUUGCUGUGCUGCGGCAGAGGUCACAACACUCGAACUGAGAAGCGCAAAGAAAAGUGCCACUGCAUUUUCCACUGGUGCUGCUACGUGAGCUGUCAGGAGUGUACGCGAGUCUACGAUGUUCACACCUGCAAGUAAAACCAAAACCAGAUUAGACACAUGUGAACACGCAAGGGAGCCUUUUCGCUGAAACUUGUAGACGGAAUUUGUGGACAUUCACAAACAGAGAAAAGGUGGACCUUCAGUAAAGACAACAAGAAAAACCCAUAGAGGCUUUGUUCUUCACCCGGGGGCAUUGUUGAGGCCAAAUGGCGGACUGUGGCUAAGCUUUUGCAAGGGACUAAUCGUUUCCAGUCUGAUAAGUGAUGGAUCAGAUUACUAAAGACUCUGGCCCUUGGGACCUCCACCAAUUGUGUCUCCAAGAAAACAGGAGAAAACCUUUGAAAGGGAAGAGGUUUUUACGGCACGUGGCGGCAAACUCCGACGGGAGAUCUCAGUAAUAAACGCUGCAUAAACAGACUACCAGGGUUUGCCCACAGGUGCCUUUGAAAUGUGGUGAUUAACUAUAGCCUUACUACUAACACCAUUAAAGAAGCUAUUUUUAUCCUUUGUGCAUUCCAACAAACCGGCAAACAUCCGAUUAACAGCAUAUAUUAUUACACGUGAUGUCUUUGUUUGCAAGACCAACACUGGGUUUAUGUAUUAGCUUGAGUUUAGAGUAAGUUACUAAUACUAGGUUAUGAAUGCACUUGUGCCUGGGUGAAUGUCGAAGCGUUGUUUAUGUUUUCCUGAUACGAUUUUGAAACUCCUCAAACAUGUCUAGACCUCUUCUAGAUGAUGUCGUUUUGGCUGCUUAACCCCUAGCCUGGACUGCUUGAGUCCAGCUUGCUCCGCGUUUCUGUUCGCACUGUACGUUUGGGUCCAAACUGUGGUACAUUUGCAUUAGCAAAGCAGCAGCUGUUUAUCCCCAGCUUCAUUCCAGCACAGAGCAGCGCUUGCGUCUGUUGCAAAUGCAUUGCGAAGCUCCCAAAGUAAAAGCAUUGAGUCAGUCCCGUUUGACAGAAAAGUGUGGAAGCUACUGAUCUAUUUACAUAUUGUUCAUUAUUUUACACAUAUUGCCUAUUUCGGUUACAGUACAGUAUAUUAUGGUACGGGUCGACCUAAUCAGGCUUGCGUUUCCACUGCCAACAGUACCCUUACUUGGUAGCACAGGUGCGGCUAGGGGGAGGGGGAGUUAGGACGAUUCUAAAGUCUGGUUUAUACUUCUGCGUCGAGUGGUGGGCGUGACCCACGGCUCAAGCCUUGCACGUAGCCGUGCAUUAAUACUUCUGCGCGCAGUUUCUGUUGCUCUGCAAUACACUUCCGAAACGCUAGGUGGCAGUGAGGUGUUUAUCUUCCUCUGUGUCAAGUUUCUUCGCUGGUGUUUGUUUUUUUUCUGAACGCUUCCUUAAUGUACAAGUGACUCAAACUCACUCAUAUUGAGGCAGGAACCGGCGGACGUGCAACAAUUUAAUUUUACCCAUGAGGUAAACACAACGUCUGGAGCUCCUCUACACUUGUUAACACCCGCUGCAUCACGCUCACAUGACUCUCACCUCUGCCCACACACGUCAGCGCUUCCUAGCCAACCAAUCACAGAGCUUGCGCUACUCACACGUGUUACAUUUUUGGAGAGGUGCACGUCAGCGACGCCGACGGGCUAUAGGGCUAUGCGUUGUAGCAUACGCGUGCGCUUGACGCAGAAGUAUAAAUCAGCCUUAAGGGCCCACACCAUUUUGGGGUCUCCAUAGUUACUAUUAGGGGCCCAGCAAUCUCCCUUUACUCUUUACUUUUGUCUGCGACACUCGCCUAACCCCAAAUAGAGAAAGGAAAAGGCAUCUCUUGUACUUUCCGCAAAUUUUGAGAUCCAAUAUUUGAACUUCAUAAACAACACUAGAGGACAUACUGAUCCUGUUCUUGCUGAUUGGCAUGUUGCUGGUGCCACGCCUCCUUUUUAAAAUUGUACGUUUUCGAAUGACUCAUACGAAUUAGCCACUAAACUGACAAAACGUAAAAUAGUUACAUUUCCUUGCGAGAUCAGGCUAGUGACAUCAUAACAAAUAAUAAUGUAAUGACAAAUAACAUGGAAAAUUCUAAAAUCGCCUCAAUCACGUCUUCCAUUAAGCGGGAAAAUCACGUAAGGCGAAAAAACAUCCUGUUAGUUAUUUGGAGCUAGUGACGCAAUGACGAACAAUAAUAAAUAAAACACAAAUAACAUCAGAAAUGCAGAAUUCGGCUCAAUUGCAUCUUUCAUUGAGCAGGAAAAUCCAGUGAGGCGAAAAAAAUCCUGUGACUAAUGUGGAGCUAGUAACACCCAACGCAAUCUCACGGCAAUUUGUAACUUUUUGAUUUAUUGGUUAAUUCGUAUGAAUUUGUACGAUCUACUUUGUACAAUUUAAAAUGAUUUGCUCAUCACCCAAAGAUGGUUA